UGUCAGUGCGUCGGGGAAACGCAGUUAAUGGGAUAUUUGUGUGGUUAGAUCAUUAUCACCGUUUGGGAUUUCAGCAGUGAUGCCUGUGAUAUCUGUGUCGCUGUUACAGCAGGCUAGCUGUUUUAAAAAUUAAAUAAUAAUAAUUAGAAAAAAUCGAGAAUCGGAGACAGCCCGUCAGCCACAGGUCCAACAGAACUCAAUGAUCGUCAUCUGAAAUCCGCCUGAAAGCGUUAUUAUUCCGCGGACUCACCUGAACACAAGCAAGGUUGACAUGCAGCAAAAGUUGUGCACGCGCAACACAACCUUAUUCGUGGAAAACGGCCAGGCUUGUGGUGCAGGCGCUCCAUCUCCACCGCCGUUUCGAUGCCCGCGAUGUGGGGAGCACGAACGUUUCCACAGCCUGGCUGCCUUGCGGGCCCAUCUCGACUACAAUCAUACAUACGAUCCAAGGCAGAACCUCAGCCUUCCUGCCAGCAGGGGGUACAUGCACUCUGAUGGCAAGAGAACCACUGCUGAGGCGCUGACAUCAAAGGUCGCAGGCACUGACCCAGGUUUACACCAGUUCCCAUUUAGCUCUGAUCCCAUUUCACAUGACCAGACAGCAGACCCGUGCCCAGAACAGUCUGCUUCCCCAGAGAAGAGUGCCGCCAGAGGGGAAUUGUCCAUUGGCACCAAACUCCUUUCUGCACCAGUGCCCUCGAUGGGGCAGAGGCUGGAGGGCAUGCUGAGGACGGCCAGUAGCAGCAUGAAUCGAAGGCUGCUCCGGCUCAGCUCAGAACUGGCCCACACUGACACAGCACUUUUGUGUGAGCGUGCACACUCGCACCACCUGGCUCAGGAGCGACAGGAAGUGCUGGAGCGGGAGCAAGCUCUCAGCAGACAGGUGAAUGCUGCCGUUAUGGUCAUCGCCACGCUGCGGCAGCAGCUCAGUGUGUCCGAGCAUGAGCUGGAACGGAGAGAACAGGAAGUGCUUGCUAUUCAGAAAUUUCUGGAGGCAGCAGCACAGCACGAGAUGUGCGGGAAAGUCCGUUUGAGGCGGUUCAUUGAGGGCCUCCUACGUCGCAUUGCCCUAGCUGAAAGGCUGCUGGAGUAUUACCAGAACACUCCUCAUGAGCACUACUGCACAGCCCACAUGGUGGCUCCUUUAGCUGAGACAGGUCCCCAAAGAAUAACCAAAAGCAGGUCUACAGGAGAGCAACUGGUCCAUGACGAGGAGCUGUCACAUGUGCAUCAGGCUGGGUGGGGAGCAUCCCGGGCCUCUGGGGAGAGACGGGGCCAUCAUGGCUGGGUCCAGGGCAGGAGGUCAGAUAGUUAUGAGGUUUAGGUGUGUGGUCUUAGCCUUUAACUGAAUGUACUGGAUAUGUUUAAAUUAUAGUGCAUUGAAAUUGUACUUAAGCAAAUAUAUAAACAAAAGCAGCAUUCAAGAAUAUAUAGCUGCAGUCAGAAGUUUCCAUACACUAAUCAUUAACGUGAAUGUCAAGGAAGUAUUGACCUUCAAGUGAUUUCUUUGAACUGGUCUUGUUUUGGUGCAGGAUGAUUGUACAACAUCUGUAAUAGAAGAAAAAAAAACUAAGAAUUUUUAGAUCUGCUUGGUGCAGAUCUGCGAAAGAGGUCAGUAGAUUUACAGAAGUCAGGAAAUCCUGAACAAGUACACAUUUAAAAAUCAGUUUAAAAACACGUAGGUCCAGUGGAACCUUGGAUUACGAGCAUAAUUUGUUCCGGAAGCAGGCACGUAUCCCAAAACACUUGUAAACCAAAUUAAAUCCUUCCAUAAGAAAUAAUGGAAAUUCAAAUUAUUCAUUCCACAGCCCAAAAAAAUACAUAAAAAGAAUUAACACAAAAUAUAAAGUAAAGAUAAAACAAAUUAACCUGCACUUUACCUUUAAAAAAAAGUACAAAUAAAUCCUGACAGAUAAGUGUUUCCGUUUGUGUGUGCAGGCUCUGUGUAUGUGUGUGAACCUAAAGUAAGCUCCCCACUCCCCCUUCUUGUCCUACACAGUUCACUCUUUUCACAAACACACGUGCACACAACGGAAACACUGUUUUAUCGGGAAAAAUAAACAAGAAAUCUCUCUAAUGACACUGGAUUGAGCGACACACUGAUGAAAUCUCUGCUGUAAAGUAAAAAAUAAAACAAAUUAACCUGUAAAGCAGAGAGAAAGUGUGUGUGUGUGUGUGUGUCUGUGAAGGCGAAAGUAGGAGAGGUCUGUGUGUGUGGGGGGGGCGGGGGUCACUAUGUCCAAUGACUCGUGCGGACACAGAGCAGGCUGAGGCAUGUCAUGAACUGGAAGCUGCUUAAACGUCAGGGCCAAUGUCUACAAUCAAGCAAGUUUUACAUCACCAUGGGCUAAGAGCUGCUUCAGUAAAGAAGCCUCUGCUCCAAAUUCUAUACCUUUAAGCUCCACUAAACAUUGCAGCUGACCAUGUGGACAAAAAAAAGCCUUCUGGAGAAAAUUUUUUACCAGAGGUAUGCUUACAGGAGUAUUGUUGAGGUAUUUAAGUUCAAGAACACAGUCACAAAUGUUAAGCAUAGUGGUGGUGGUGGUGUCAUGCUUAGGGUUGCUUUGUGGUAAGCGGAACUGGAGAAGGAAGAAGGAUGACUACCUCAGAAUUCUUCAGCAUAACCUCAGCUCGUCAGCUAUACAUUGAAAGCCUGGAAGAAAUUUAAUAUUCCAACAGGACAAUGACCCAAAGCAAAAAGUUGGUUGUGGAAUGAAUAAUUAUAUUGUGGAAUAUGAUAAUAAUAACUUUAAGCUUUUGGUAGUUUGACACUGUAGAAAAUUUGAGGACUGUGGUAAAAUAGCCACAUUAAAUAGCAUAGGUUAAAUAGCCAGGAAACCAACAAAUUGAAUUGAACAUGACCAAUAAUGCUAAGAAGAGAGGUCAAAUAUUCAACCCCGAAAGUAAACGAAGCCUUGUGCACCAAAUUCUUUUAAGAGUUCUUCAGUUAAAAGGUGUGUACUAUAUAGUCAUUCUGACUCCCCCCACAAAUCUGGUCACAAGUCAGCCCAAUGUUGUCAUGCCAGUUAUGUUUUUGAUAUGUUUAUGUAACCUUCUGACUGCACCUGCAUAACAUUCAUGAAUAAAAUGGACUUGGUUUUAAAACUGGGGUAUCCUUUACAGCAAAAUGUGGAAAGGGGGUAUUGGUAGCACUUUUAAUCUUUUCUGCUUGUAAUAUUGUUUAGGUCAGGGUUCUACAGGACUCAGCUGUGUCUAGUGAGGGCAUGUUACUGUUCUAAUAAUCAGAAAUCUCACCCUGUCGAAUGCCUUUACACUCUUUAUGUCAUGCUGUAAAAGGUGCUAGCAUAGUGCUGACAUUGUGGACACAUGGUGAGACUGCCCUUUAAACCGAAUACAUAUGCUACCUAGGUUAAUAGUUUACAUUCUGAUAAAUUGCAAACUGAUACAGUAUUAUGGGAAUUGAAUGUCUGUUCAUACGUAAUCCUUACUGAAUGCAGUAUUUCCCUACAGUGCCUUGCAUAAGUUUUCCUUUGCAAUGAAAGGGGAUUAUAUGUCAUGAGUCUGCUCUAAACAUCUUAUUGUAUUCGAGUGGGAGAAUAUAGUUUGCAAAAUCAUUUGCAGAGUGACUUCAAAAUGUGGGCUAGUAAGUCUUUAAAAAAGUGUCUUUUAAUUUCAAGUAUCAUAAGAGAGAAUAUAUCUAAUGUAAAUGAAGAUAAUCUGUUCCAGCAAUCCAAAAAUAUUGCCAAUAUUACCAAUUUCCAACAUUAUAAUCAGAUCUUUGCAUAGAAAAAACAAUAAAAACAUUUUGUAAAUGUAAAUGAAAUGUAAAUUAAGUAAAAUAUAACAUGAUUAGACAUUAACCCUUAACCUUAAUUUAUGAUUCCUUUUGGCACCGGCUUCCUUUUCUUCUAGCUACCAUCCUUAGCUAACAUUCUUAGGAGCCCUGGUGCUAUUGCUUCAAUUAAUCUUGCACAAAAUGCAAAAAUCCCAUAAAAAAAAAAAUUAGGAACUAAUUUCACUUAAGUUUCCCACUGACACGAAGAAGUUUUGAACGGCUCCCGGACGUCUGCGUUCGACUCUGUUCGUUCUUUUGUAUGCUGAAAAUGCUUCAUAUCCUUAGGCAAUGUUCUGCUAAAUUCAUUUCUUAAGGAACAAAAAUGUGAGGUAGGGUGUUUGUAUGCCUAGGUACCACUGUAUAUUCUAUACCAAGUCAUUUUUAAAACAUGGGAAAAAAUUGCACACCCACAGCUCAGUCUGGCAGUAGUCAACCACUAAAAUUCUCUGUUGUAAUGUUUGGGGCAACCUAGGCUCAUCACACUGAGAAAACCAUCCCUGCAGUGAAGCAUGGUGGUGGUAGCAUUAGGUUAGGCGUUGCACUUGGUCUCUUGGCUAUAUGUCUAAUGCCAUCCUCACAGAAUCACUGACUUUUUAAUGGACAGUGUCUUCUAAGCAGGGUUGCAGAUGUGCCAUAUUCGUAAUUUUAGGUUUUAUUAUGUGACUAUUUUUCCAUCUACUAUUAUUUAACAGAAGAAAAUAAGUACCUUCUUUCUUGAAACAAUAGUGAAUGAAACAAUAAUUAUAAGUGGAAUACCUUAUAUUAUCUUGGUAAAAAAAGGCUAAUUAUUGUAAAACAGUAUUUUUACAUUUUUUCAUUCAUAUUAUGUGUUUAUGACUGAGCUAUUGUAUGAGUUCUAGUGCACAUGCUAUUAUGUGACUGGGUUUAUUUAUCAUAGUGGGUGCAUUUUCAGCUCUGCAAAGGGGGCUUUUGUAAGCACGAUCUGGCAGCUUUGUCCUGCAUAAAGUGUGUGGGCAAAAGAGAGCUUGAGUGAGUGAAAAUACUUACUGUCCAGAAAAGACAUUUUAGGAGAGUAAGAAAAUAAAAUCUUUUCACAUGCAACAAAUUUCCAAAAAGAUUUUUUUGCACAGGCAUGGGCCCAAAUAUAAUACUAUACAGUUGAGUAAAACUUUUUUUAUUCACCAUACAGUGAUUAAACCUUGCAGUUAAUCCAUGGUUUACAUACAUGAUGAACCGUGGAGAGCGAUCGACAAAGAUCACAGAACAACUCCAAGUCUACUAGGCCAAGUCCCCAAGUCUACAUCUUAUACAGCACUAGGUGGUGGAUGCAUUUUUUUCCCCAAGUUGUCCGUCAGUCUGAUAUCCUCAUUUGUAUUAUAUUUCAAGACUCAUAGAGCAUGCAUCUCAAGAGUGCAUGAAUGUUAUCGAAUUAAUCGAUUGGAUUUCGGAAUUGAUCCACAGCGUCAGCAGUCACUACAAGGUCAGAUGUAUGAAAUGGUCUUUCUUAAAUAGCUUUCUUCUUUUUUUAAAAGUGUGUUUUAAGAGGAUUUGAGGCAAACAACUUAAUAAAAAGAAGGACUAGGCUCAAUGGCGAUGAAGGCAUUGCUGUCAAAACUUGCUGACAUCGAAUUCCACUGGUUUACUAAUAAUAUAUAUUUUUUACAUUUGCAAAUAAUUUUGCAAAUUAUAAAUGAAUGGUUUAAGGAGGGUUGAAUACUUAUGCAAAGCCCACAUUAAAAAAAUGCAAAGAAUUUGUAGUCUUUUAAAAUAAUGUAUCUUAGUUAACAACAUGUACUAAAAGACAGUGUUAUCCAAUACUAAAUACUGUAUGUUAGUUGGCCUGUGUUUGUUUUUCUUGAUUUUUAAGGUGCUGUUGCACACAGUGAAUGUCUGAUAUAAUCUGAAUGCAUUUGUGAAUAUACUUGAUAUUUUAGUGGUGCUGUUGCCUGGGGCUGUAUACUGUACAUGUUUCAUAACCACUGUUAUCAUAACUAGUACCGUCUGCGUUAUGUGGAAUGCCUCGUAACAGUAGCCAAGCUCUAGUAAAACUCAACUAUUACAAGUAAAAAAUAACUUACAGUUAUCAAUGAACAAAAUGAACUCAAUCUGCUUUUCAAAAGUUUUGUGUGUGUUGGGGAGUGGGGGUGAGUUUGGCCUGUGUGAGGUGACAGUAACCAGAGCAAUAGCACAUUUUAAGUUCUUUUUUGGUACAUUUAUGUAGCACUUUUAGCAAAUUUAUAUUGUAGCGUACAUGUUCAGUUUGAGGAGUCUCAGAGUUUAUUGUAUUUUCAAGUAUUUAAUAGUUUGCACAUUGUUACUUAAUCAGAGUGAAUAGGUUCUACACUUGUUGGGAAAAAAAAAUACCAUGUCCGAUGUUGGUCGAAACUUUCUUCAUUAGAAAUCUGAUUUCGAACAUUAAUACUUUUUCUGGUGUAUAAUACAGGUGGCAGUGCUGUCAUAAAACAAAUUAAUUAUUGUCAAUCCUUGAUGUGAUGAUUGAUUACUUGGUUUAAUAACUUAAUUAUUACCUUACUUUAAAAAAAUACUGUGAUUUGCAAUAUUACAUUGCAGUGAAUUCAGCCAGCACCUUUAUUUUUUUCAGGUUGUUUACAUUUUACAAUUAAGCUGCUCUUUUAACUUUACAUUGUUGUUAUUUUUAUUAUUGUUAUCAUUAUUAUUAUCAUAUGGUCAAGUGGGAUUGGAGAUGGAGUACAUUUAAUACUCAUAUACUGUAUGUACUAUGAACAAAAUGAAAGACAUUUCAACCAGGCGUUUAUUUAUAGCUGGCUGCA